AUGAAUCGCAUCCUGCGCGAUACAUCAACACUGGCGUUGGUGUACAAGAGUCGAAACCGUUAUUGGGCGGAAUUGGACCCUAUCGUCAAGUCGGUGCUCCCGUCUGCGCGAAGUGUCGCUCACGAUCAAACGUAUGUGUACGACAAGUGUGCAGUGCGCAUGCGCAAGGCUGGUAAACGCUUUGAGAUCGCGUGUUAUAAAAACAAGGUGCAAAAUUGGCGCAAUGGUGUUGAAGAGGACAUUGACGAGGUGCUGCAGAUCGACAAAGUCUAUGAGAAUGUAUCCAAGGGCAAGUUUGCCAAGAAAAGUGACUGGUCCAAGGCUUUUGACGUGCACAGCGAGGAGCAAGUGUGUCGCAUUAUUCUUGAUCGUGGCGAGCUACAAGUCUCCGAAGGGGAGCGCAAAGCACUUGUUGAAAACAUGUAUCGAGAUAUUGCCACAAUUGUAGCGGACAAGUGUGUGAAUCCUACGUCGAAUCGUCCGUAUCCGUACACUGUGAUUGAGCGUGUAAUGAAGGAGAUUCACUAUGCAGUUAUUCCGAAUCGAAGUGCCAAGCAACAGGCACUAGAGUUAAUUAAAAAGCUACCAGAACACAUUCCACUGGCACGUGCAAAGAUGAAGAUUCAAAUAAUAACACCAAAGUCAGGUGUACAGGCGAUCAAGACAGAAUUACUAAAGGAAGGAGCGGAGAUCGUCGAGCAGACUGGAAGUGAGACGGUGAGGAUGGUGGUCCUUAUUACACCGGGAUCGUACCGUAUCGUCACUACGCUUGUUCAGAAAUACACUGCUGGUCAAGGAUCACUGGAAGUGAUCGAUCUAAAGAGCCAUCAGGAGGGCGAGCACACAAUUGACGAUGAAAUUUCACAGAAGACGGAACGUCUUGGUCUGUCAAGUACUCCAGCUGCUUCUGCACCGCUAUCGGCGACAGCGACUACAGCAGUUACUGCGGCAAAGAACGCAAGGCCAUGCAGCACGUGCGGCGGUGACUUUAGCGCUGAUAUGAGCAAGUACCGUGAGCACUUCCGUUCCGAAUGGCAUCGCUACAACCUGAAACGAAAGUCAAAGAAACAGCCAGUGAUUAGCGAGGAAGGAUUCGACAAACUUGACUCAGAGAACAUUGAGGCCUUUCUUUCCUCUAUGAGCUAG